AUGGCAAUCUCAGAUAAUACCUUCUCCAUGUCGACAAUGUACGAUGCUUUGCCAAAUAUCCGUUCCUCAAACACGCGCUUAAACCCUCUGUUCAACCUAAUGAUUACAGACAACUUGACGAGAGCACACUUUAAAGAGGUGAUCUCUUCAAGGUUAAACCAAAGACAGCUUCUGUCGAUGGCGUCGUUGCUGACGUCAGACUCCGAUGCCUUCAUGGAAGUUGUCCGAAACAAGAUCGGGUCGACACGCGUGCAGAUGCUCCUCGGAAUGUCAGAUGACGUGGACGCGUUCUUCUACACCGCUAUCUUGCGCCGUUUCCUCCACAUCAUGACGGACAAGUACGCAUCCCGCGUGGCGAUACGAGCAAUGUCCGUUUUCGACCAGGAGAAGAGAUAUGUAAUGUACGAGCACACUCUUUACCACGCGCUCGACUUAGCGUGUGAACAACACGGCUGCAUCGCGCUCAACGAGGUCAUAACCGACGCGGAUGAUCCUUGCUACAGAAAUCUGCUGCUAGACUUGGUCGCGCGCAACGCUCUCUUCCUAAGCAACGACGCUUCAGGGAACUUCGUGGUCCAACACGUGCUUCAACUGCGUAACUUGCGUUGCACGCAUAAUGUCGCGGUUAGUCUUCGUGGGCACUGCGUUGACUUGUCGUUUAGGAGGUAUGGAAGCUACAUCGUAGAGAAGCUUCUGCAAGAAAGGGAGACGAUGGUUGUGGUGGUUAUGGAGUUUUUGGAGUGCGAAGGAGGAAGGUUGAUGAGGCUUGCGAGGAAUGAGUUUGGGAAUUUCGUGGUGUUCAAGGCACUGAGACUCACAAAGGAUAUGAACAGAGCCGAUCUGUUUUGGGAUUUGGCGCAGAAGCUGAUGCCUUUUCUCCACCUCUUGCGUAGGUCUCACGGAAAUAACAUUGCAAACAUCUUGGAGUCAUGUUCGAUAACUACAAGAUUCUCUAGUUAA